AUGGCGAGGAAGUCCGGAGUGGCCAUGGAAUCGCAGCAAGUUCUGCGCAGCGCUUCUUCAUCGUCACAACCUUCCUUCCAAUUCUUUCCAAACCCUGGCUUCUUCAAUCCCCACCGCACCAUCUUCGCCGCCCACAGCAUCUCCUUCCACCUCCAAACCCUUCUCCAAUUCCCUCCAUCACUUCCCAAACCCUCACUUUCUCCAACUCCGACCUCUUUCCUCGCCCUCAGAAGGAGCUGUGCCAGCACUUUUCUAUUUCAGUGCAGUCUGGUGCGGGCCUUGUUCAUAUCUCCAAUCGUUGGAGAGUUGAGUGAGCAAUACCCACAGGUAACAACGUAUAAGGUUGACAUCGAUGAGAAGGGCCUUACAAACACUUUGGACGAGUUGAAUAUUUCCUCCGUGCCUACAUUCCAAUUCUUUAAAGAUGGGAAGACGGUGGCUGAAGUUGUUGGUGCUAAUGUUGCCCACUUGAGAAACACUUUAAAAAAUGCUUCAAGUAAUUCUUUAGUACAUUACACUACACUUGUGCGCUUUCUCAUUUGUGAACGUGGUGUUUAUAUUAAAUGCAUAAUAGCUUUUAAUGGUUCAAGUUUCUCCAAAUGUGAUCAGUUCUAUAGCUCAAUUUUAUAUUAAACCCUAUAGUAGGAUUUCCAUUUCA